AUGCCGCCUAGGCCGAUUUUUCGUAAUGCAGAGUAUGGAUUGGAAGGAAUGGUUUCAACAAGAGGGGAUAUUUGCUUCCAAGGUUGGGUUGUUCCUAAUAGUCCUUCUGAACGCAUGAUGAACCUUCCAACCACUAGAAAACUGGCUUUGAAGAAUAAGGUUAUUUUUGGUACUAGUGAUUACUGGUGUGCUCCAACUGUAACGGCAAAUAUGGCAUUUGUGAGAGCAAUUUCACAAACUGGGAUGUCCUUGUUUACCAUUGAGCAUAGACCUCGGGCUUUGACUGUUAAUUUCGUACGAUUUGGAAUUAAUGAAAGUUCAAGAAAUCGGAGUCCUGCAAAUGAUACAACGAAUAACCCAAGUUUCAUAUGGGAAUGGGCUAUGGUUUAUGGAAUGACUGAGUGGCCACUUCUUGCUAUAUUGGGGUUUGAUCUAUGA